AUGACCCACGACAGAGACUCCCGCCGCGAAAGUCUUCGAGUGCCCCGCGCUCGUCCUCGUCGUGGCGUCUCCAGAAACUCUUCAGUGCGCUCUUCAGCCAACGUAGACGAGCACCGUCUGUCUUCAGGCGCUCCAGCUACCGCGCAAGCUCUUCGAGCUGCUCCAUCUCGCUUUUCCCUCAACGAACAGUUUGCUGCUACAAAGCAGGAGUUCCAAUUCUGGGACGAUGAUGCUAGUUCAAUCUACGAGCGUGAAACAAGUGUUUCCGAGACGGGAGAUCCAGACCUCGAUGAGAAGGUUGCCUUGAGCUCAACUGAGGGUGGCUAUGGACCUGUGCCUCAUACACAAGAUCCAGCACCUGGAGCAGAGGAUCUCGACACCAAUUUCUACGACCUUCUCUGCCUCUCACGAGACAAUUCGGAGUUGUCGCAACAGCAGAUCCGGAGCGCAUACUACCGUCUGUUUAUCCUCUUUUACCCGGACAGCUAUCCUGAGCAUUUGCGCCCCAUAGCUCACCAGCAAUUCCUCCGUGUCCAGGAUGCCUUCGAAACUCUCAUUGAUCCUGCGCGACGAGCUCAGUAUGACCUCGACCAGUUCCUGGAAACUGAAGAGACAGGCGCAUCACAAUCAGAAUACGAGGUCGCCUUUAAAGAAGCUGUUUGGGACCGGUUGCAGAACGGCAUACAGACAAGCUCUGAUCUAGGAAUUCGACUUGACGCCUCUGGCUCCGGAACUGGCGCCUCAGGGCUGCAAAUCCUUGACUUUUCUCUCAGUCAUUCCGUCACAGUCGACCUACCAGCACUCCAGAAGCUUCUUCAACCGCAAGUCACACGACUCGCAAGUCUUGCUUCAAAGGAAGAGAAGGACGCAAUCGAGAGUCUAUCACAACCCCGAAUCCAGGUCGCAACACCCACCGUGACUGUAACUGGAUCUACUUACGGCAUUACACGGGAUCUAUCCUUGGUACCAACAUCACUCUUGUACGAUCGAUAUCAACCCUUGUUACCUCUGCCGAUCACCAGACAGAGACUCAUACAACUCGUUGAGAACAAGUUCGCUCCAUUGGCCUCUCUGCGAUAUCGACAAGAGUUUCUGAACCGCUCACCUCCAUCAUCGGCUGAUAAGCUUAGGUGGAUCAAGACUGCUGUUGAGCUUGAGUCAGAUGUUCUACCACAGUUCUCCGUCACCAGCCGUCUUUAUCAUCACUUCCUCCUCCCCAAAUUCUCAGAACCAACCAUAGCCGAGGCUAGCAUACAGUCGUCGCGCGAUUCCACGUCGAUUCAACCGCGUGUUGCUCUAGGUCUCUACCAGAAUCUGCGACAGGGAACAGGAUUCCUGCGCGCAGACAGUGGCGACUGGAGCUUUGGAUCCUAUCAAUACUCUCAUUUCUUCUCUGAACACUCAAGAAUCAGUCCUGACUUCUUUAACGCCGAAGCCCCUGGAGCAACCCCGAACUUUGAACUAGGCUUCCGAACAGGACCAUCAGACCGAUUACCUGUACCAGGCUCGUCAGACUCUCCUGGCGAUGAGGGCGGCAUUAGGGGUCUCGACUACGAGAUUAAUUCUUGCAAGCAUGGAAGCUGGGCUGUCUCUGCAUCCGCUACACCAACUACAUUGGCCGGCGCUGUCCGAUACAGCAAGGACCUGACUCUACCUUUCCAAACUCCUCCGACAUCACUGGAUCCUGGUCUAUCCUCAUCAGCCCGUGUAGAGGCAGAGCUCUGUUCCAACACAUUCCAGGACCAGUAUUUUGCCCUCCGCAAUCUGUGGUCUAUUGGCCGUUUCGCGCGUGUUGGUCUUGAAGUCGGCAUCAGUCUGCACAACCUUCACCUCUCCGUCUACUGGUCCCGCCUUGGACAGCGUCUCAGUGUCCCUCUUCUCAUAGCACCACGAUCGCUUCUUGGGUCUAGUGUCCUUUUCUGGGCUGGUGCCCUACCCUUUGCUGGACUUGCGGCAGUGCAACUUGGUCUCAACUAUCGUCGCCGUCAACGAGUUUCACGAUCUCACCGCCGCGUUCGCUCAGAUGUCUCUUCAACUGGGACACCAGUCGCCGUUGCUCGGCAUAGAUACGAGGCAGACAACAUCACAACACUCCUCGCACAUCCAGUAGAGGGCCGCCAGAAGCGUCAGAUGACGCUUGGUGGUCUCGUUAUCCUCAAUGCUAAAUACGGCAUCCCUGAUGAAUAUGGCAUCCUCGCAACAAGCGAUCAGGUUGCCGAUGUCACAAUCGCCGUUGCCGCCCUUAUCAACGAAUCAUCGUAUUCCAGCGGCCCAGCCCUAGUGAUCCCCCAUGGCGUGCGCAAGAGUCGCCUGCCAGGAUUCUGGGACCCAGCUCCGGGCUUGGACAAGAUUCUUCGUGUGGAGUAUCUGUUCAAGGGUGACGCAGGCGUCAUCGAAGUCGGUAGCCGUGAUGAACUCAUCCUUCCGCCGCAGGCGUAG